AUGGCGGACAAAAAGGGCAAAGAUUACUUGUCCCACAUCUUCGAGGAUAAGGACCAGAACAAGGAUGAGAAGAUCGAGUUCUCCGAGUUCCUGUCCGUCAUAGGGGACAUCGCCACGGACUACCACAAACAGAGCCACGGAGCGCCGGCCUGCUCCGGGGGGAGCCAGUGA